AUGGCCCCCAUCAGAGUAGGCAUCAUCGGACUCUCCGCAAAGGAGGCAGUCAUGGGCCCUGGCGCCUGGGCCUCCAUCGCCAUCCUCCCCUCCUUCAAGAAUUCGCUACACUACGAGAUUGUCGCCCUCUGCAACUCGUCCGCGGAAGCAGCCCGCCGCUCCAUCGAGAUGCAUAAGCUUCCGAGCACGACCAAAGCAUACGGCGACGUCGAGCAGCUGGCCAGCGACCCGGAUGUGGACCUCGUCGUCGUAAGCGUCGUCGUGACCAAGCACCUCGCCGUCACCCUCCCCGCGCUCGCCAACAGGAAGCAAGUCUUUGUCGAGUGGCCCCUUGGCGCCUCGGCGCAGGAGGCGGAACAGCUCACGCAGCUGGCCAAGUCAGACGGACUCAAGACCAUUGUGGGUCUCCAGGGUCGCUCUGACGCUCUCACUCUCAAGCUGAGGGAGAUAAUUCAGAGUGGGGAGAUUGGUGAGAUCAAGCACACUUCUGUCGCCGGCACUCUCCCAUACUUUCCUCCCAACUUCUGGGUGGAGGGUGCGGAGUACUAUCUCGAUAUCAAAACCGGAGGUAACGCAUUCCACAUCGGCUUUGGGCAUUUCUUGGACUCAUUCACAAACGUUGUUGGCGACUUCGAUCUCAGCAGCCUGUCGUCAGUUCUAAAGAGCGACGUCGACUCCGUCCCCCUAUACAAAGCCGACAGAAGCAGCGUGAUCGACCCAGCGUACCCAAAGUCCUCUCCCGAUCACAUCUUGGUCCAAGGCGUGCUGCAAAACGGGGCAGUGGCCUCGAUUGCCUGCCGAACCACCCCGGUCACGGCCGGUGAGGUCGGUGCUCGCUGGAUCAUCAGCGGCACCAAGGGGGAAAUCGAGGCCGUCUGGGACGGAGGCCAGUGGCAGAUCCACAGCACCAGAAAGCAACUCAAGUACAAGUUAGUCGGAGGAGAAGAACAAAAGGUCAUUCUCGAGACCGGCAAGCUCCCUGACGGAGUCGAGGUUUCGGCCGCGGGACUGAACACGCUCCUCGUUUUUGACGCCUACGCCAAAGGCGAUACUUCACGGUAUGCGGACUUUGAGACAGCUCUGAAGAACCAUGUGCUUUUGGAGACGAUUUUGAAGAAGUCGGGACCAGCCGCCGGUGGACCGCAGCAAAAGUUCGGCACCGACGCCGACGCCGGCGUUGACGCCCGAAACGUGGAUCCCGUGACAAAUCUCCUCCGAAGAUCUGACUCGGAGCAGCUGCCGAGACUUCACGACUUCAUUCGCAGCGCCCAACAAAUCACAGUCGGCGUUUCUUUAAUACUUGCGAUUCCGAUUGAAGGAUCCGGGGGCGCGAUCGCCAGUGCGCCAGGAGGAGCAACACCUCCAAAGGCAGACAAACCCAAACAUAUCGCCAUCCUAGACACCGACGUAAUGGUCACAGCCGUCCAAACCCUCUACGGACAAUACUACAGCGCCCAAUACAUCAAACGCCUCACCGCCGCCGCAACCCGCGUCGGAGCCUCCCACCUCGCCACCUUCACGACCUGGGACGUCGUCGCAGGCCACUACCCGAGCCCAGCCGACGUCGACGCCAUACUCAUCACGGGCUCCAUCGCCGCCGCCUACGACACGGACCCCUGGGUCCUCCGCCUCGGCGACUUCAUCCGGCGCGUCUACGAGCACCACCCCACCGUCCGCAUCUUUGGCACCUGCUUCGGCCACCAGCUCAUCGGCAAAGCCCUCCUCGAGCCCCACGGCGCCGUCGUGGAAAAGGACCCCAACGGCUACGAGUUUGGCGUCCAGACCAUCUCGUUGAACCCGAAACUCGUAGAGGACUUUCCCUGCCUGGCCGCUCUUGCGCCCACGACAAGAACGACAGAGUCAGAACAGGACGCCGGCUCUUCAUCAUCGCCACCCCCUCACGGUCUCCGGCUACAAAUGUGCCACGGCGACCACGUAGCCCUCGCCCCGCCACCGAACCCACCUCUUCCAGGAACCUGGCAAAACAUCGGCGGCAGCGCGCACUGCAGGGUCCAGGGUCUGUACGAGCCCUCUCGCGUCCUCACGAUCCAGCCCCAUUUCGAGUGCGACCAGGUCAUCAUGGAAGAGACCAUUAAGCACUUUUACACGCCCGCCAAGGGGUUCUCGCCAGAGUUUCUGCAGCGGGCGUUUGACGCGACGAGGAGGGAGGACGACGCGGGUGUUGCUGCGGAGUGGGUGUUUCGAUUCUUGGUUGGUAUCUGA